GUUGCCAGUACCGUGAUAUGUGCCUGUUGUACCAGUAUAUAGGAUGCCUUUUGAUUAUCCACUGGUGACUGGGACUGAGCACUGGAGACGUAAAAUGCGCACCGUAUUCAGAGGUUUAGAUUCGAAUGGAGACGGUUUGGUCACCAAAGAAGACUACGUGAAGAGUGCUCAACGUGCUGCACAGUAUUUGAACCUGAACGAGAAACAAGCCAGAGCUCAACUAGACCUGCGCCUAGCAAUUUCGAGAAUAGUGAACGCUAAAGAUGAUGAGGACGGGAUGGAACCAGUAGUGACAGAAGAAGAAUAUAUAAAUAGACGUAUAGAGACUUUCAACGACAGGCAUUUUCGACAGGAGAUGUAUCCUGUCAUCAUAUCAGCGGAAUUCAGCACCAUGGAUACCAAUGGCGAUGGUCUGAUUUCCCACGAAGAAUUUGCUGCAUAUUGCUGUAGUUUUAACAUUCCUACUGGAUACUCCAAGAAGAUGUUUGAUGUUCUGGACGUCAAUAACGAUGGGGUAAUCUCCAUUGAAGAGUUCGGUCAAGGUCACGUCGAUUUUUGGCUUGGUGAAGACCCAAACAGUAAAUACAAUGAGUUUAUUGGACCUUUAGUUGAUUGA